AUGGCGAUAUUAGUAUUAAAUUUUACUACGCAACCUCCAGGAAUUUAUGAAGAAUAUAAAGAGGUUGAAUAUGUUCCGAUACCUGUCCUGGAAUUUUCCGCUGAAUUUAAUUUUAAUAUAGCGUAUUCGAUACCACCUUCGAUAACAUCUUCAGAAACUCGACAUAAUUCAACAUUUACAAAUUUUAAUGAUGGUUUGAAUAAAUAUUAUCUGAGGAGAAAUAAUUUUUAUACAUUACGAAUAUCAAAUAAUCAAAGAAAAACUUUUACAUCCAAUGGUUUAUCUGGUUUACAAAUAAUAAAACCUCAUUAUGAUAAACAAAAUUAUCUUACUACUACCAUCAUGCAUAAUUCAACAUUUUGUAUAAUAAAAGUUGAACCCGCAAGUUUUAUAAUGAAGGUUUUAGAAUUAAUUGGAUUGCUUGGAGGGAUAUGGGUAUUAGCUUCUGGGUUUUACGCGUUAUUAUUUGGGGUAGACAUAAUUCGUCCUUGGGGUCUAAUCCAGACAUACUUAUGUGGUUCAUCUUCUCAAAAUUCAGAAGUUAAAAAGAAUGAUAAUGUUGGUGGCGGUGAAUAUAAUAAUAAACCUAUAAUGAUUCAAUCUCCCAACGCCAGUACAGAUUCUACAACAAUUGCCACCACAUCAUCAAUACUAACAACUCCAACCAAGAAUGUAGAUGAAUAUUUAAGUCAAACAGGUUUAGGAUAUAUAUCAGGUAGAUCAAUUAGAUCAGGUUGUUCUUCAGCUCCUAUCAGUUUAGUAAAUGCAUUCGAUAUUAGAGAACUAGAAAUUUUAAUUCAAUCAGUUAAUUCUAUUGAACCUUUUAAAAUUGAAUUUCAAGAAUUAGAUUAUUUUUUAUUUGGUAAAUCAAGUUCCACUGUUUGGUUAAAACCUAAAACUGAACCAAAUGUGGAGAAGAAGGAAAAGGAAUCAAAUUUUGGAUUUCAAGAAUUUGAUGAUCUGAUAAAGGUUGGAAGUAAAGGAUUCGAACCACAUUUAUCAUUAGCACAAGAAGCCAUUAAAAAAUUUUCCAAAAUUUUCUCAAAUGAACCAAUCAAAUUUGAAUUAAAAGAAAUUUAUUGGAUUACACGUGAAGGUUAUAAUGAUCCAUUUAAGAUUUUUGCAAAGAUUGGGUUGGGUAAAGAUGGAAUUGCUGUAAUUGAAAAGAAAUAA